AUGUCUUCACCAUCAAUUAAACUGAGUUCAUACCGUGACCAACUUUUUAAGGGUAGUAGAGGUGACCAGGAUAAACUCUUGAGAUUAACCACUACUCUCUAUGUAGGAAAUUUGUCUUUCUUUACAACAGAAGAACAAAUAUACGAACUAUUUAGUAGAUGUGGAGAUGUUAAGAGAAUUAUCAUGGGAUUAGAUAAAUACAAGAAGACACCUUGUGGAUUUUGUUUUGUGGAAUAUUAUAAUAGAGAAGAUGCUGGAAACGCUUUAAGAUAUGUUAAUGGAACUAUUUUGGAUAACAGAGUAGUGAGAACUGAUUGGGAUGCAGGAUUCAUUGAAGGUAGACAGUAUGGCAGAGGUAAAACUGGUGGACAAGUUCGUGAUGAAUAUAGAACAGAUUAUGAUUCAGGCAGGGGAGGUUAUGGGAAAAUUGUGGCUCAGAAAUUUUGA